GCGAAAAUCUUCCCUGUGCCGGCGACAAGUAAGAAUCCAUCUAUCAUCUCAGGCAAACGGAGGCAUGUCGAAACAUGAUCAAAAGGGAUGAAAAAUCCCACUGGUAGGCUGAUCUGCCCAUGGGCUUCUCAUGUCCCCAUCUAUUUGGGUCUACAAUGAAUUGGGCCAGUAUUCAUGUGACAUGUGCCAUGGGUGCCCAAACUCAUCAAUUUUCCUGGUCUAUUAUAGAUCAUCAUAGUUGGUUCAAUUUGCCUUGAAGAUCACAGUUGAGUCAGUACCAUGUCAUCAAGGAGGUUCAGAGAGCGUUUUUGAGAUUCUAAGGCUUGCCAAACCCUUAAUAAUGGUAGUGAAUGAGGAUCUCAUGGACAACCAUCAAAGUGAGCUAGUUGAAGAACUGGCAAAGAGGAAGCACUUGUUCUAGGCCUCGCCCACAAACCCUCACCCAGUUGCUAAACUAAUCAACAGGUAUUUUAAGGUCCAACAAGGCAACAACUACUGCAAACAUGGGCUGGAUUGGAGGAAUCAAGAAAGCCCAAUAGCCCAUGUUUAUUUGAUCAUAUGCUUCUAUCUUCUGCGUGGAAGUCUGUGUGUGUGAGAGAAAAAUGGUGGUGAGUUUGGAGGGUUCGAAAGUGAUUUUGGUAGCGUACAUGAAACAACACGUUCUCAAUUACCAUCAAUGGAUGCAAGAUCCGGAUCUUCUCAAAGCCACCGGGUCGGAGCCCCUUACCCUCGAAGAAGAGUACCAGAUGCAGCUUUCAUGGACCCAAGACCCCCUCAAACGAACUUUUAUCGUCUUGGAUAAAGACUUAAUUUCUGGAAAGUUCAUUCAUGGCGAUCCUCAUGUUGAAGCCAUGGUUGGUGAUAUAAAUAUAUAUAUGAACGAUUUGGAAGAUUCGCAUAUGGCUGAGAUUGAGAUAAUGAUAGCCGAACCUAAAAGUCGUGGGAAAGGACUUGGGAUGGAAUCCAUAUUGAUGAUGAUGGUAUUCGCCAUUGAUAACCACAAAAUCAGCUGCUUUCGUGCAAAAAUAGGAGAUUCGAAUGAAGCUUCUUUAAAUAUGUUCCGAAAACUGGGCUUCAAGGAGGUCUCUCAUAGUGAAAUCUUCCAAGAGGUGACUUUGGAGCUACUGGUGACAGAUGAAAAGUGUGAAGCCUUGGUUCAACUAGUUGGGAACAUGAUUACACAUUCAUAAAUACAUACAGCUUCUUGUAUGUAUGUAUACAUUUUUCCUUCAAGAUUACAACUUUAAUUUCUUGAAUUAUAAGGAAGAAACUAUGAAAACAAUUGAUUGACAGUUUGGAAGAAAGAAAGAUUGGAUAAUGAUGCCACAAACUCUGGGAUUCUAUGUUUGUCUCUUUAUGUUACCAUUGUCUGUAGGUAGAUUUUGCACC